AAUACACAGAGCCAGCGUUCGUCUUAAAGGCCUCUCAUCUGCUCCAUACACACUAAAAUCAACCAUCUCGUAUACUUCUGUUGAGCAAGCCAGCAUGAUAAGAAUGGAGACCAUUGUCGAAGACUACGAGGCUAACAAUUCACAUCUCUACGAUCUCAUCAGCACCACCGACGACGACGAAGACGACAAAUACUACGACGAAACCUCGGAAGAAGACUACGACAGCAGCAGCACUGACAGCAGCUACCGAUGUUACGGCGGCAACAAAAACUUAUCAGGAUCAAGACUGUCGUGGUUACGAGAGUGGGACCGCGUGUUUCCCUUGUUAUCUGCUCUGUGUUUGUUCAUUGAUCCUACGUUCUUGUACGCAAUCUCUCUUAACGGAGAUAGCUUGUGUUUUUAUGUUGAUGGCUGGUUGGCUCUGGGAGUCUCGCUGUUUCGAUUCAUUACGGACGGCUUGCACGUCUGGAAUAUCUGGCGGCGCUACUUCAGCAAGGAUUACAAACGCAGAUCAUUCUCUGCAACUGACGCGUACCUUCGGAGCAUUUACGGGGAUUUUAAAUCGCAGAAUUUCAAAGGCAAAUUGGACUUCUUCAUUUAUGUCUUCACCGUCUUGCCUUUGCCGCAGAUUUUAAUAUGGAUGGUGAUUCCAGCAUUGUUGAAGAAAUAUGAACAAACAAGAGUCAUGACAGCAAUGCUCAUAAUGUUUCUAAUCCAAUACCUCCCCAAGAUAUAUGUUGUCAUUUGCCUAAUGCGCAGGAUGCUCUUUCAAUACAUUUUCGGAGCAGCUUGGUGGGGAAUCGGUCUAAACGUCGUUGCCAUUUUUGUAGCCUCCCAUGUGGUGGGAGCAUGUUAUUACUUGCUGGGAGUCCAGAGAUCAGCUAGGUGUUUGAUGGGGAAAUGCAUGGAAAUAGAGAGUUGUGGACUUGAUGCACUUUCUUGUGAAAACCCUUUGUUCUUCGGGAGCAAGUACAAGCAGACAGACAAUAUGCGAAUGUUAUGGGGAAAUAAUGACGAUGCCAGAUCUUGGUGCCUCCAAAGCAGUCAUAAUGAUCAGUAUGAUUACGGGCAGUUCAUGUGGAUAACUUUACUUGUUGGCAAUGACAACCGUGUCGAGAAAAUGCUUCUUCCCCUCUUUUGGGGAGUCAUGAUGCUUUGCACAUUUGGGAAUUUGGGAAGCACUGAUGACUGGUUAGAAAUUGUGUUCAUGAUGGUUGUGAUUUCGUGCGGCCUCUUGCUAGUCACCAUGUUAAUUGCCAACAUUAAGGUGUUCUUGAUUGCAACCUCAUCGAAGAAAUUUGCAAGGAAAGUGAACAUUACCAAUGUUGAAUGGUGGAUGAGGAGGAGGAACAUGCCAGAAGAAUUGCGUCAGAGGAUACGUAACUAUGAGCGGCACCGUUGGAUUGCAAUGCGUGGUGUAGAUGAGCGUGAAAUGAUUCACAGCCUCCCUGAGGGUCUUAGGAGAGACAUCAAGCACUACCUAUGCCUGGACUUGGUGAGACAGGUACCUCUGUUCCAGCACAUGGAUAGUUUGGUCCUGGAGAGCAUCUGCGACAGAGUGAAACCCCUCGUCUUUCCUGAAGGAGAGAUUGUAAUUAAAGAAGGUGAUCCGGUCCAGAGAAUAUUAUUUAUCGUAAGAGGUCAUCUCCAAUGCAAUCAAACAGUCAGAAGUGGAGUCAACAGCUGUUGUAUUCUAGGACCUGGAAAUUAUAGUGGUGAUGAGCUCUUAUCAUGGUGCAUGAGGAAACCAUUCAUCGAAAUUCUCCCUCCCUCAUUAUCAUCGGUAAUCACUCUUGAAGCAACCGAAGCAUUUGGGCUUGAAGCAGAGGAUGUGAAAUAUGUCACCCAACAUUUCCGUCUGAAUGAAAAAGUGAAAAUGACUGCUCGCUACUAUUCUUCUGGCUGGAGAACCUGGGCAGCUGUUGCCAUUCAGCUGGCUUGGCUAAGGUACAGGCACCGUCGAACCCUUACAUCUCUUCCGUUCAUAGUUCCUAGGAGGCCAGUAGCGCAGUCUGCUUUGGUUGAGGUGGAGAGGCUCAGGCUUUAUACAGCACUGCUGACCUCACCUAAGCCUCGUCAAGAUGAUGAUUCUCCCUAGAUCUUAUAUUACAGAACUAUACUCAAUAAUAUAUAAGUUUCAAAUAUGUAAUGGUCUUGGAGUUUGUUACUUGAUCACAAUUCUCAGUUUCAAAUAUGCAUUUGAUCGCAA